UUCCAGUUUGGUAACUACAGUUCAUACUAUGGAAAGCGAGAAAGUUCUAGCAGGCUAGAUUAUCGACUGGCUGCAUUCGAAAAGUCAUGGUUCGAGGGGCUUAAAGUGCUGGACAUUGGCUGUAAUUCUGGCUGGAUGACAAUCUCGAUUGGUAUGGCAUUCCAACCUGCAUUAAUUGAAGGCGUAGAUAUUGAUCCAUCACUCAUCAAGAAAUCUCGAGCUCGGCUUGCAUUUUAUUCAAAUGAAAACGCUGCCACUAAACCAUCUACUGAUGCACUGAUAUGCGAUUUUGACUAUUAUCCAGCAAGCUGUGCUAUUUCAUUUGGUCCACUCCCUAUACAUUCAUUAGCAAACCCCAACUAUACCAACCCUACUUUGUUUCCAUUCAAUGUUACCUUUCGUGCUGGUGAUUGGCUGAACGAGCCUCCACCUCCAAGCGACGCAAACCGAUACCACACCAUUCUUGCUCUCAGUAUCACCAAAUGGAUUCAUCUUAACAGUGGUGACAAGGGCAUCAAGCGAUUUUUUCAAAAGUGCUACCAAUCAUUGCUUUUUGGCGGACGGUUGAUUGUCGAGCCGCAGAAUUUUGAAACCUAUCACAAGCGAUCAAAUCUAACUUGUACAAUUCAGAAAAACUACAGCCGCAUAAAGUUUAAACCCACCGACUUUGUAGAUUACUUACUUGGUCAGGAUGUUGGAUUUUCAUCAUUUUUUUCGAUUGAUCCU